GAUCUUGAUUGACUUAAAGGUGUUAGUUACCAGGUCAUAAGAUCCUAAAAAAAUCUUGAUUUGAUGAAUAGGUAGCAUGGUCUCUGACCUUAGCCUGUUCCUUGUAGAACGAAUAAAAAAAAAGUUGAAGUUGAUAGGUACCUACUUUAAUAAGUGGUAAAUAAACAAAAAACAUGUGUGGAAUACUUUGUAUUAUUUCCUGUUCAUCUGAUAUUAAAGAAAAUAUACUCCUGCAACGCUUAAGAAAUAGAGGCCCUGACUGCACUGGUUCUUUAGUUUCAAAAGUAAAUAAUGAAUUAUUUGUGACUUUUUACGGUACUGUUCUCUGGACUCAGGGACCCAAUGUUACAAAGCAACCUGUUGAAGAUUACCAAGGAGUUCUCCUUUUCAAUGGAGAUAUAUAUAAUCAAAAUUGGGUUAAAAAUAAAUGUGAUACCAAUGUUCUUCUAACAUGUUUGGGUGCAUGUGCCUCUUCCAGAAAUGAAAUUAUAAAUGUUGUAAAGGAUUUAAAAGGUCCUUUUUGCUUUAUUUAUUUAGAUAAAUUAACCAACCAAAUCUAUUUUGCAAGAGACAGGAUUGGUCGUGGUAGCCUAUUGUUGCAUAAAUCUGAGAAAGAAAUAUUGAUAAGUAGUGUGUUAGGAAAAGAUUAUCAAUGUGUAGAGAUACCAGCUACAUAUAUAUAUGUUUUUAAUGUCAAGGAAAACAUUAUAACUACAUUUGAUUGGGAUGAACAAGUGCAAAAUGAUUAUUUAAUAGAUGAAUGGCUACAAAAUGUUGAAAUAGAACAAAAUCUCUCUGACUCAUCCAGAAAUAUCAAUAAAAAUACUGAAAAUGUAUAUUUUGAUGAACAAGAUGAGGUCAUAAAGUACAUAGAGCACAUUUCUGACACUGAACUUUGUAAGUUGUCAAUAUUGGAGAAGCUGUUAGAACAUGAAGAAAUAUUAUAUUGUGUAAAGAAUAUAACUAAACUCCUGGAAGACAGUGUUAAGGUUCGCUUGGAAACACAGCCAGAAAGGUGUAUUGAUUGUAUUAGUAUUAAUAAUAUCUGUUGUCAUAGUGCAGUUGGUAUUCUCUUCUCUGGUGGCUUGGAUUGUACAAUAUUAGCCUAUCUAGCAAAUAAAUAUGUCAAAGAGGACCAAUCAAUUGACUUGAUAAAUGUUGCUUUUAAAAAGAAAUGUGAUGUUACCUUCGAUGUCCCUGACAGAUUAACUGGCAAACAGUCUUAUGAGGAACUAAAACAAAUAUGUAACCAACGGAAAUGGAUAUUUAGAGAAAUCAAUGUGCUGAAAGAAGACUUAGUGAAAUAUCAGAGCUCAAGAAUAGCUGACCUUAUAUACCCAAGAAAGACAGUACUGGAUGAAAGUUUGGGGUGCGCCCUAUGGUAUGCAGCACAGGGUCAAGAUGAAUGCAAUGUGUCUGCAUGUAGGAUUCUUCUUCUUGGAUCUGGAGCGGAUGAACUAUUUGGUGGAUAUGUGCGCCAUCGGAAUGCAUACAAAAGACGUGGGUGGCCCGGGCUUAACGGAGAGCUGAUGCUAGACUGGGACAGGAUAUCAUUUAGAAACCUCGCCAGAGACAAUAGAGUGAUAUGUGAUCAUGGCAGAGUUCCACGAUUGCCGUAUUUAGAUGAUGAUUUUACAGAAUACGUACUGAAACUCAAGCCCUGGUUUAAAUGUUUUCCAAGUGAUAAACUUGGUACAGGUAUAGGAGACAAGUUAAUGUUAAGAUUAGUUGCUUUUCACCUGGGAUUAAAAAAUGCAGUCACUCUACCAAAGCGAGCUCUUCAGUUUGGAUCAAGAAUUGCCAAUAAAAAACAAAAUGGAAGUGACUUAUCACAGAUUUUACAAAUAAAUUAAUAAAAUAGUU